GCGAUGCCGGCGCUGCGAGCGAAUCCGGCUAAGCAGACAAGCGCGGCUUGACCAGACGCUCUUGUGGCAAAGCGCCCGGCUCGACUCGGCUCUGUUCGUCUCAGCGGUCCGCGCCGUCGAGGAUUCUCUCUCUCGCUCUCUCGCUCGCUCUCUCUCUCUGCCGGCGCCUGCGCAGCCCGGGAUGUUCGUCUCCCGCCUGGCGGCCAGCGGGCUGCUGCUCCUGGCCCUGCUGGCGGUCUCGCUCGACGGGAAGCCGGUGCAGCAGUGGUCGCAGAACUGGCCGGCUCCUCAGAUUCCGCCGCUGGUGGUGCAGGAGUGGCCGCCGGGUCAUUAUAUUCUGCCGCUAGUGGUGCAGAACUGGAAGUCGCCGACGCAGCUGCAGGCCCGCGAGAGUCCGGCGAGCGGAACGACGGCCUUGCGGGAGGAGCUGAGCCUGGGGCCCGAAGCGGCGCUGGACACCCCGCCUGCUGGACCAGACGUCGGGCCCAGAGGCUCGAAGGCGGCCGCUGCCCCCCAGAGGCUGUCGAAGAGCAAAGGGGCGUCGGCGACCUCGGCGGCGUCGCGGCCGAUGCGAGACUUGCGCACCGACGGCAAGCAGGCGCGGCAAAACUGGGGCCGGAUGGUGAACCCCGACCACCACUCAGCUGCCGGCGGCGGCGGCGGAGGAGGAGCGCGUCGUCCGAAGGGGCUGGCCAAGAAACGGGCGGGCAACGGCUGCUUCGGCCUCAAGCUCGACCGCAUCGGCAGCAUGAGCGGCCUGGGCUGUGAAGCCGUCGAGGACGGCGCGAAGGCGACACCUGGCGGCGGUCUCUGAAGGGACACCCCAUCCCAUCCGCGGACAUUUCUGGACAUCUCCUGCAAUUCAUCCAGGGAUCCCAGGCUCACACAGCCUGUCUCCUCUUGGUACGAGCACUUGAAGCAGAACCAGCCAUUUUUGAGUGGGAGGGUUCUGGGUAGGGUUGGACUGAGUUUUGCGCCCCCAAAUCUUCCUAUCUUACCUAAUAUAUACAUAGAUGCCAUAUAUAUCGAUAGAUACAAAUACACCCAACACAAAAACACACCCGCCCACAACUUCUUCCCGCGACAAAGGACCGUUUAGGGAGACGGAGAGAACCAGCUGCGUAUGCCAUCCAGAUUGCUGUUUGUACAUUCGUGUCAUGCAUAAAUGUAUUUAAGUUGUAAAAGCUAUUUAUAUAUUGUUUAUAAAGAGAUAUUUAUAAAAAAAAUUAUUUAUGUAAACUAAACGAAAAGGGGUCGAGCAUUGUAAAGUUUUUUUUUUUUUCCCCUUCUCAUCCUGAAUAUUCGGAAGGAAAGAAAAAAAAAAAUUCAUGGACAAUUGGGUAGCCUGUCUUGCGUUUUAAUCGGGCGCAGUCUUUUCUUUCCGAAAUGGGUGGUUUGAACAAGGCUUUUAGAUACCACGGAUAAGAGUAAAAAUGCAUUUGUAAAGAAAUCGCACGCUAUCUACCAAAGGUGUAAAAGAACCCGACGCGCCGUUUUCGUCGUUUUUAGCAGAAAUAAAAAAAAACCACUUUUCAAAAGGGUCCUCAGAAUUAAA